AUGGCCCUCUCACCUGAUAUUGUUGAAUUCAUGGCUUCGGCGUCUGCCAAUCUCGCCAGUCGUCACAUCAUUCUUGAUUCCUCUCAGCCCAGGGACAUCUUUCACUUUGGGGGCACAUCUUCUCAGCUUGCCGAUAGCCGUCUGUCCCUGGCCAUUCAAGGCAAGAAAACAGCCACCACCUCCUGGCCGGUUCCUAACCCUCUGCGCUGGGGUGUGGGCGAUUACUCCGUCAUUCUGGAUGGGAACGGCAAACCUGGAGCGCUGAUGCAGACCGUCGAACUAAAAGUCUGCAAAUUCCGAGAUGUCGCCGAUGACUUUGCGCUGGCCGAGGCCGAGGGUUCAGUCGAUGAAUAUAAACAAGGGCACCGCGAGUUCUAUACUGAACAGCGUCUACGGGAUGGGAAGCCGCCUGAGGAGUUUGGGGACGAAAGCGAGGUUCUCUGUGAAAGAUUUGUGAUUGUUUUUGUGAGAGAAGAUCUGAGACCGCACGCACUGCAGUGA